CCAGAGCUGCCGCAGAGCGUGUCCCUGGAGCCGGUGGCGCCGGUGGCCGUUGGGGACAGCCGGACCCUGACGUGCCGCGUGCUGGGGGUGGCCCCGCUGCGGAACCUGACGGUGACACUGCGCCGCGGGGCCGAAACGCUGCGCACCGAGAGCUUCGGGCCGGCCCCGGGCAGCGGCAGCGUGGCCGUGAGCCACGUGCUGACCGUCACCCGCGGCGACCACGGCCAGCACGUCACUUGCCACGCCGAGCUGUCGCUGCGGCCGCACGGGCCGCUCUUCGCCCGCGCCGCCGCUCCCGUCACGCUCUCGGUGUUCGCUCUCCCGGAGCCCCCUCAGCUGCAGGCCCCCGCCAUCCUCGAGGUCGGUGCCACCGCCAACGCCACCUGCACCAUCGCCGGUGCCUUCCCGGCCGGGGACGUCCGUGUCACCGCCGCGCUGGACCGGGAGGCGCUCAACGCCACGGUGGCGGUGACCGGGGACACGGUGACGGCGGUGACCGCGCUGUCGCCGCUCGCCCCGGGCCAGCGGGAGCUCAGCUGCACGGCCGCGGUGGCCACGGCGGAGCGGACGGCGCGGAGGCAGCUCCACGUUUACCGGCUCCCGGUGCCCGCCCUGGAGCUGAGCCCGGCCGCGGUCCCGGCGGGCAGCGAGGUGACGGUGACAUGCCACUCCGGUGCCACCGAGCCGCCCGAGGCGCGGCUGCAGCUCCGCGAUGGCGGCGGGGCCGUUCUGGCCGAGGGUCCGCAGCCCCGGCUGCAGCUCCGGGUACCGGCCCGGCGCCGCGACAACGGCCGCCAGUUCCGCUGCCGGGCCAGCCUGGCCCUGGGCGACACCGUGGUGACAAAGGAGGCGGACGCGCGGCUCUCCGUGCUCUAUUUGCCAGAAAUCCCGGCCGGCGGCUGCCCCGGUAACCGCACGUGGGUGCGGGGAGCGCGGGAGGCUCUGUGGUGCCGCGCCACCGGGAACCCCGAGCCCACGGUGCGCUGCGGCCGCGACGGCGGCUCCGUGSUCAGCACCGAGCCCGAGCCGGUCACCCGCGCCCGCGCCGGGACCUACGUGUGCAACGCCACCAACGCGCUGGGGACGCGCAGCCGCCGUGUCACCGUCCGCGUGGAGUUGUGCAGGGCCACCAACCGGCACGGGGUGGCCGUGAGGAGCGUCAUUGUCACCGUGGAGUACCGGCCGAGCAUCGGUGACCGCGGCUGUCCCGAGCGGCGCCUGUGGCUGGAGGGGACCGCGGCCGAGUUGGGCUGCACCGCCAGCGGGAACCCCCCGCCCCGCGUCACCUGCGCCAAACUGGGCGACAGCAGGGACCGGCCCCGGGCCACCCCCAAUGUCACCCGCGCCAGCCCGGAGCCGCCCCGGGCCACCCCCAAUGUCACCCGUGCCCACGCUGGCACCUACCAGUGCCGGGCCACCAACGCUCACGGCUCCGCCGUCCGCAACGUCACCGUGGCCGUGGAGUACGGCCCCGCCGGUGUCACCCUCCGGGUCCUGCCCUCCGCCAACGUCACCCGCGGCAGCGGCUUCACCGUGGACUGCGGCGCCGAGGGGGUCCCGGCGCCCACCUACAGCUGGGCACUGCCCCCCGCCCCCAACCUGCGCAUGGCCGCCGACAACCGCUCGGUGACGGUCACCGCGGCCACCACGGCCAACCGCGGCGUCUACACCUGCACGGCGAGCAACCGGCACGGCCGGCGGGCCGGCAGCGUGGUGGUGCGGGUGGACGAGAGCUGGCUGGUGCUGCUGGCGGCGCUGGGAGCGCUGGGCGCCGUGGCCGCGCUGGCGCUGGCGGCGUUCACCGGCUAUUACCUGAAAACCACGGCGUGCAAGAAGGGCGAGUACAACGUGCGCGACGCCGAGGGC